AUGAUGAUGAACAUCUCAAUAAUUCAGUGGGUUCUGAACCUGAAACAUGAAAUAGUAGAGGACUACAAAUACAACAUGCCCGGCAAAGUGCCCGGCAAAGUGCCCGGCAAAGUGCCCGGCAAAGUGCCCGGCAAAGUGCCCGGCAAAGCGCCCGGCAAAGCGCCCGGCAAAGCGCCCGGCAAAGCGCCCGGCAAAGCGCCCGGCAAAGCGCCCGGCAAAGCGCCCGGCAAAGCGCCCGGCAAAGCGCCCGGCAAAGCGCCCGGCAAAGCGCCCGGCAAAGCGCCCGGCAAAGCGCCCGGCAAAGCGCCCGGCAAAGCGCCCGGCAAAGCGCCCGGCAAAGCGCCCGGCAAAGCGCCCGGCAAAGCGCCCGGCAAAGUGCCCGGCAAAGCGCCCGGCAAAGCGUCCGGCAAAGCGCACGAUAAUGGUACGGACUGUCAGUCACCAUCAACAGCACCUCAUCAUCUCUAUGGACAGUGA